CCUUCUUGAAUUCCGACGGGAAAGAUAAAGCAGUUACAAAUUCUCCGGCUCUGCUCAAAACGGCAAUGCUAACGUUGAUGGAUUUGAAUGGACCGGCUAUCGCAGACGGCCUGGAGAAUGAAUACCGAAUGAAUUUCGAGCACAUCCGGGUUAAACGAGGAUCCGGCGAUUCUACAGAUUCCAACGACAAAUCGGUUCACCGAGAAGAUUUUGGCACCAACGAACCUCUUCGUCGGGACACGGCUGUCCGGUCUAUCGGAAAGAAUGAAGUUGAUCACGAAAUUCCAGUCUCAAGAUCGUACCGGAAGGCCGAUGUAGAAAGUGCGAAAGGAUUCGGCGGCAGUGCCGGGUUCCUUGAGUCAUUUACGAAACUUGGGAAUCCCUUGAAAUCCGGGACGAGUUUAAACGGACACUCGAAACGGCGGGAAAGAAGAUCCGUUGCCGCUUCUGGGGGCCGGAGAGUCAGGAGAGGGGGGCCGCGUCGAAAGGGAAAGCACCGGAAGAAGUCUAAAAAGAAGCAAAAGAAGCUCAGGAAGAAACCAGAGAAACGGAGCAACUCUGCUCCCGGAGGCCGUAAGAGAGGUGGAACUUCCGGUCUGGUUGCUGACGGACUGCAAGUCGAGUCGCACGUGGAGAAGAGAGAUUCGGGCGAGGCUAGGUCGGAGAGAGACGUGAGAAAGAGGGAAGUGGACGGGGAGGAUACCGUCGAUGGGAAGGAAGCCUUGCGAGUUGAACGGGACGAGGUGAGCGACGAUGGAGGGAAAGUUUCAAACCGUACGUUAAACUUAUGUCGGUUAGGUGGCGGCGAAGAGGCGAAAUAUUACAACGAGGUUCGCGAGUUCGAUGAAGCGGAGCGUGAAAUCCGCGCGUCGAGGUCCGAUUCGUUGGAAAAAAUCGGGAAGGAAAAAGCGGCGAGGUCCGUCGAGCAGAUCAAGGAACUGGUCGACAAGCUGAUCGGAAAAGUUGGGGAGCUGGAGAGGAACCUGCAAAUCGGGGAAGGAGGUAAGAAGAGGAGGGUCGAUACCGGUUUGCAGGGGAAUUUUACGACAGCGGGAUUUCGGAGUCUCGACGAAGCUGCGGGGUUGAAAAAUUUGACUAAAGACCGCGGUGAUUCGGCGGCACGUGACGAGGAGAAAAUCACGGACGCAAUCCGGUCUAAAUUAGACGUUCAACUAGCGCUGAGCGAUGCGCGGGAAAAAAGUCGAGGGGAAAUUUAUAAUACUAGGGAAGGAAAAAGAUCGACUGGAAUACUUGGCCGAAGUGAGGGUGUGGAAAUGGGCAGAGAUAAACGUAAGUCGUACAGGAAAUGGGACAGAUGGACGGAGUGGAGCAGCUGCAGCGUAACCUGCGGAAAAGGAAGACAAAUUCGGUGGAGACACUGCGUUCACGAAUGCACGACGGCGGAGACUGAAAUGGAAGAGAAAUCGUGCCAGCUACCUUCCUGCGGUCCGGGGAAAUUCUUGGGAAUAUUUUGACUGUGUGUCGAGUCGAGAUCGCGAUUGAGGAAAAUCGCUGGCUAGAGCUGCGUCGCUGUGGGUGCCUUUCAUAUGUAUUAUAAUUUACGGUACACAAUUUUAUACGGGUAUGAUAAGAGACCUAGAAGUGCAGGCAGCAACAAAAAGGUUUUUAAUAUAUUAUGUAUGUCAUAAUGAGA